AUGCAGAACAAUACAGCAAAUAAAGAAAAGACGUGUGGUGGCUCCUUGAUUAGCAACACUUGGGUUCUUACGGCGGCCCAUUGUACAUUCGGGGCGGAAACUGUCAUCGUUAGAAUGGGUAGCAUUUUCAAAUUGUCUCCACUGAUAGAGCACACCGUGACCAGAGAGAAUAUUGUUAUCCAUGAGAACUUUAACAAAAAUACUUUGUUCAACGAUAUCUCACUUAUUCGCAUUCCACGUGUUGAAUUCAACAAAUUCAUUCAAGCGGUUGAGCUGCCAAAGUUGAAGACACAUCCUGAUACCUACACUGGACAUGACUCGAUUGCCACCGGCUGGGGACUUACUUUGAACGCUAGUAAUAUGUACCCCGAUGUACUGCAGUAUACACACUUUAUGAUCUUGAGCAUGAACAAUUGCACAGCAUCAUGGGGCAAAGAGAUCACUAAAUCAAACCUUUGCGUUUCUACUAAACGGGGCAACUCCAUUUGCAUUGGGGACUCUGGUGGCCCAUUGGUAGACUUUCCCAGCAUGGUUCAGAUCGGUAUAAGCUCCUUCGUUUACGGAGAUUGUUCGUCGAAGAUGCCGGCUGUCUUUGUAAGAGUGACUAGUUACCUUGGCUGGAUAUUGCGAGUCAUUAAAUCCUAA